AUGCUCGGCGGCGCCCUGAGAGGGGCGCUGGUCUCUGCUGCCAAGCGAGAUGAUGUCUGUGACCCCUGCCCGGACUUGCCGUCUCUGCGCUACGGAGGCAUCUAUAGGUUGACCCGGAGGGCGGACGUGAGAAGACGACACUCGGGGAUCGGGGAAGCCCCAGCGACAGGAACAGACAGGGAGCACCCCGGGGCCUGUCUGCCACCGGAUCAAAGCACCAGGGUGGGGGCCGCCAGCCCGGGCGUGCGGAGCAGAGCCGGGCGGCAGCGUCUGGGCCAGGGAGGCCCCACAGCGCCCGGCAGAGACCCACCCCCGUGCCAGGCCCCCACUCGGCCGGACCCCGGCACCUGCGCGCGCCGGCGGCUGCCGGAGAGUCGGCGUGGAACCAGCCCCCACCCCGACCCAGAGCCGGCCUCCCUCCCCGCCAGCCCUGCAGUCCCCCGCUUCCGCCCCGGCGCCCGGAGGAGCGGGCGCACUGGGAAGGCCGACCCGGGCAUCUCCCGGCGGAGGGGAAAAGGAGGUCCCCGGGAUCCCCUCCGGGCGGGGGCGCGCGGCUCGGGCCGGGGCGCGGAGCCCUGUGUGCCGCAGCCGUGCGCGCGGGGGCGCUGCGCCGUGCGGGCGCGCGGCGGGCUGGAGCGCGGGAGUGCCGGAGCUCGCCAGCCGAGGCAGCACGGCUCCGCGGACUUUUUUUCAAACUCCCAUCAAUGA